CCCGCUUCGCCGAGCAUCGAGAAAGCUCCCCGCCCCGGCGCCCGCCGCUGCAUAUUGCCGUCGAGAGCGAAAGCGAACGCCGCCAGCCCGCCACCGAGGAGUGAGAAGCGCAAGAGCAGCGGAGCAGGGACCCUCGCGUGCGGGCGCAGCGAUGCAGAGGGACGUCGUGGUCUCCGACCCCGCGGCCGCCGGGUCCUCGUCCUCCGCCGCCUCCUUCGCCGAGACCAGGGUCAUCUGCCGCGUGUGCCAGAAGCAGUUCGCGCAGUACACCUGCCCCCGCUGCAACUCCCGGUACUGCUCGCUCCCGUGCUACAAGGGGCAUAGCCUUCAAUGCACUGAAUCCUUCAUGCGCGAGAAUGUUAUGGAUGAGCUUAAGCAGAUGCAACCUGAAGAUGAAUCAAAGAAAAAGAUGCUAGAUAUCCUCAAGCGGCUCCACUUGGAAGAAGAGAUGGAGUCGGAUGGUGAAGAUGAGCCGAUGUUGUCGGAGGAACUUAUUCAAAAAGUUAUGUCUGGGGAAGAGAUAAAGCUUGAAGACCUCUCUGAUGAUGAAAUCAAACGAUUUCGUCAAGCUCUGGCCUCAGGUGAACUCAGCAAGAUGAUCGAACCAUGGACACCAUGGUGGAAAACGCCGUCUGCUAGAUCGAUACCCCUUAGCCCUGAUGGAAUCCAGCUUAUCAGACAAGUGAACACAAAAGGCACUGCUACAUCAGAUCCAAUGACUGACCAAGAGCCUAGCAUCAAUGAAAUCCCAGAAGGACCAGAAUCUCCUCUCCCAUCGCUGAAACAGCUAACAAGGGCAGAGCCAUCGCCUCUGCUUGCCGUUCACUUGGUUGACAUUCUGUACAGUUACUGCUUCACGCUUCGGCUCUACAAUGGUGAUUGGCAUUCUGAUCCUUUGGGGGCUUCAACUGUUGCCCUGUCUAUGUCUAAAGUCAUGGGAGAGGAUGCUAAACCUGAGACAGUACCCGAAGCACUCACAGCCUGCAUAGAGGAGACAUGCUCACCUGCUUACAGGCACACCGGCGGGUUCAGGCUUGCUAUCGGGCUUGUGGAAGAUAUCAUCACCAUUCUCUCCUUGGGACACAAUGCACUUGUAUGCGCACUAAGUGACUUCCAUCAACUCAUUGAGGCUGGUAAGAGAAUGCUCAAGGCAGAGAAAGUGGGCAAGACACAGAGCACCCAGAGCUCUUCGAAGCUUCGUGGUGCAGCUAGGAAGCUAUUCUUCAUGACUUGUUGGGUCCAUGAGCAGCCAGGCGAGGCCUGGCCACCUUUAGCUCGGAUCGUCGAAGUACAGAAAGCAUCUCUUGAGGAGUUGGACACUGGGAAUUGUAAGGCGGAUAAAAAGAGCAAGCAGCAAUCCAAGGUUCUUAUUGAGGAGCUGUAGCCUGUAGGCAUGUGGAUGUAGUGCUGGAUUACGAAGCUCUGUACCCUUUGCAAGUUUGUCUCUCUCAGGCUGAAUCCAAAAAGGACCAUCUUCACCUUGUAAUGCAGUGGCUUGUGUAUACACACUCUAAUCUUGUUGAAGAAAACUGUGUACAAGUCUGAAAUCCUGUUUAAAGUGAUCCUAAUUGAUGAGAUUUUUUGCA